CCCUGGAGGGAGAGCUCGUGCUCGUCGCGUAGCAAAACGCUUUACGGUUAUCGUCUGUCCGCAUUCGCCGCUCAAUGGUGCCGUCUCUGGGUAUUUAUUUCAUUAUUUGGCGUUUAUAAGUUUGUCAGGAUGGAAGUGAACAAGGAUGAAGCGGAGAGGUGCAUCGACAUCGCGCUGGAGAGCGCGCAGCCGGAGAGAGCGCGCCGGUUUCUGGAGAAAGCGCAGCGUCUUUUCCCGACGCGCAGAGCGCAGGAGUUGCUGGAGAGUCUGAAUCGGAGCGGUGACAGCAGAUCUCAGAACAGCUCUAAAGAGGCUGCUGAUGGCACAGAAACACGUCAGCGCUGUUCUGGGGUCAGCAGUAACGGCACAGCACCUGGAGACAAGAGAUCAGACUCCAAAUCUUACACACCCGAGCAGGCCGAUGCUGUCCGAAGAAUAAAGCAAUGCAAGAACUUCUACGAGACUCUUGGAGUGCAGAAGGACGCUUCGGAAGACGAUCUUAAGAAAGCGUACAGAAAACUGGCAUUAAAGUUUCACCCUGAUAAGAAUCACGCUCCGGGGGCGACCGAGGCAUUUAAAGCCAUAGGAAAUGCAUAUGCCGUUUUAUCUAAUGAUGAAAAGAGACGACAGUAUGAUCGGUUUGGUGAAGAGAGAAGCAGCGCGGGCAGAUCCAGCCACACAAACACACACUUUCAGGCCGAUAUCUCACCUGAAGAUCUCUUUAAUAUGUUCUUCGGAGGCGGAUUCCCAACCAGUAAUGUUCAUAUGUACAGUAAUGGAAGAAUGCGCUACAACCAGCAACAGGGCGAGGGUGGAGAACACAGAGGGGGUGGUCUUGCUCUUCUCAUGCAGUUGAUGCCCAUCCUGAUUCUGGUCAUUGUGUCAGCAUUGAGUCAAAUGAUGGUGACUAACCCCCCCUACAGUCUCAGCUUCAGACCGUCAGCGGGACACACACACAAGCGUGUGACGGAACAUCUGGUCGUGGCGUAUUACGUGAGUGAGCGCUUCAGUCAGGAGUUCAGUGGAUCGAGACUGAAGCAGGUGGAGAGCAACGUGGAGGACGAUUACAUCUCCAACCUGAGAAACAACUGCUGGAAAGAGAAACAACAGAAGGAGGGAUUGCUGUACCGUGCACGGUAUUUCGGGGACAGUGAUUUAUUCCAGCGGGCACAGAGAAUGGGAACCCCGAGCUGUUCUCGGCUCUCUGAGGUUCAGGCAUCUCUACAUGGAUAAAACGUCACUAUCUCUGCACUACCUGGUUCCGAAAACACUCUGCAGUCUGGAAUAUGGAAGAAUGCCAUACAGAUUGUAAAUACAUGUGUGUUUUCAACAGACUUGAGAACUGUUGAGUUUUACUAGAAAACACUUCAGAAGAGGGCUGUGUGCUGUGCGUGUGUGCGUGCGUGUGUGUGCGCGUGUGAGCGUGCGUGAGCGUGCGUGAGCGUGCGUGUGCGUGCGUGUUUGUGUGUGCGUGUUUGUGUGUGCGUGUGCAUGAGCUCAAGUUUUAGAUUGGUGUGGAUGUGUAGAUUUUUUACAGUCUAAUGUUCUGGAAUGAAUGAAAGAUCUCUCUGCUGGAGUGUCAGGAUAUGAAGAAUCAGGUUUAUCACCAUUGAACAGAUUGUGGAUCCAAUGACAACAUCUGCAUAUAUUUAUUUAAGUGUGUUUAGAUAAAGAUUAUGUCCUUUCGAAUGAUUUAUAUGUUUGAGAUUGAUCAAUGCAGGGAUUUAUGGAUGAAGUAAUGGAAUAAAUGUAAAUGUUAUGAGUGACUGCUGUACAUGUAUUAUUUAUUAAAAGAUCACAUAGGACUAUUUAUUUCGUAUGAUGUUUUAUUUUCUACAUGACUGUGGAAACAUUUCAUUGCUGACACUGUUUUGCUUUGAAUACAAAUAAAGUGUGCUUCUCUGUG